UGGGGAACACAACUGAUUACAUGAUUGAAAAAAAAAGAAAGAAAAACUCGCCGUUAUCAGAGCAGGUCAAUCCACGCGGCAACUUCAAGUGUUUGCUGCGGAGCUGGUAGGUGGUCCGGCCAUCGCUGUCGCCAACGUGUAACCCACGUUUAUGCACUAUGGCCCAGCCACUGUGGCCUAUCGCGAUCGGUGUACGUGGUGGGCCGUCUUGACCCUGCCACCUCCUCCGUUCGAAUGUCAUAUUGUGAUCGUGAUCACACCUGGCAAGACAGCCACCCGCCGCCCGCCGCCGUGCUGUCUGCACGCAUGCUGCCGCUGCCGCCGCUGCUGCUGCCGCUGCCAUACACCCCAUUGGAUGAGGCCUGCCUUUUCGCAAAGUGCCUUCGGCGAUAAAAGGACGCGCGUGUCCCGCAGUGAUUUGGGAGUGGCAGUCUGAGAGAUGGUGAUGAUGCGAGCGGCCGCGUCCCUGAGCCUGCUCGGCCUACUCGCGGGUUGCCUGGCGCGUCCCUCCGUGGAGGUCCCCCGGCUGCGCGUGGCGGGCGGGGGCGACGCCAACCCCCUCACCUUCUACUGGCAGGCCGCGCUGCUCACCGCCGACGACCGCUUCUUCUGCGGCGGCUCCAUCAUCGACGAGCUGUGGAUCCUGACGUCGGGACAAUGCGUGGACCCGUUUACGGAGUUCCACGUGGCUGUGGGGUCCCCAAAAAUGCCCGACGGACAUAGAGAGCCCGGUAAACAAACUUUCGUCACCCAGGAGAGAUACCUCCAUCCCCAGUAUGACAUGAUGUACUUGGACAACGACAUUGGGCUGCUCAAGCUUCCCAGCAAAAUCAAAUUCACUUUUUUCAUUUCAGCUGUCCAGUUGCCCACAUAUUCGAUGGCCAAGGAGGAUCUGACGGGAAAUGUGGCCACAGUAAGUGGGUGGGGGAAGACCAGUGAUGAAUCUACCGUGAGUCAGGUCUUGAAAUAUACAGAUUUGACAAUACUGUCCAACCAACAAUGUGAAAUUAUGUAUGGAAGCACUAUGAUCGGUAGUAAACUUUGUUUGUUUGCUAAUAAUGGAAACAGCAUUUGCCAGGGUGAUUCUGGGGGUGCACUGGUAAUAGAAAAGCGAGGAGGAUUACCCGGGGAGGUUAUUCAAAUUGGAAUUUCAUCUUUUGUGUCAGAAGAAGGCUGCACUGUAAUGAUGCCCCAAGGUUUCACCAGAGUCUCAUCUUUUCUAGAGUAUAUUGAACAAACAACUGGUAUCAUCAUAGCAGAUUAG